GCUCCGAUAUAUUUUCCCCAACUACCAAAUUGACAAAAAUAUAAGGGCGACGGGAGUUGCCGGCUCGGCACUAGCGGAACUAGUACAUGCGAUGUAAGUUUAUUGAUCAAGUUCCUCCUCACGAGACAUUCCACAUCGCAGUCAACAACAAAGCACAAUGAGUAGGACGGCGGUCAGACAUGUGGUGGCUCUUACGGCGCUCUCUGGAAGGGCAGAGGCUCCCGCCAUCGCGAGGCCUGGUUUCCAAUGCCUGCAGCGACAGCAAUUUUCACAAGCCCCCCCACGCCGAGCAGAGGGCGACGAGCAAUCCCCGACAUCUGCUCCCUUUAAAGCAGACUCGACCCUGGGUCUCUCAUCCAACAAGUCAUCCUCCAGCGCCUCCAGCCCUGCCAAACGCCCCGCCCUCAGCGACCUCUCCGCCAUCUUCGAAGAAGGACAGGCCUCGAAGUCGAGCUCGCGAUUCCCCAGCCCAGCCGGACUGUCAGCAUAUAACAACCUGAGCGCACAGCAGCGCUAUGAGGAGCCGCACCACUUGCACGUGUACGCCACGAAGCAUAACACGCACAUCACGGUGACACGGCCGAACCGCGACCCGGUUAUCUCGAUGUCGACAGGGAACAUUGGGUUCAAGCACUCGCAGAGGAAGCACUACGAUACGGCGUUCCAGCUGGCUAGUUAUGUGUUUGGGCGGAUGAGGGAUACGGGGUUGCUCUCGCAGAUUAAGAAGUUGGAGGUUGUCUUGAGAGGGUUUGGGCAGGGGAGAGAGGCAGUUACGAAGGCGAUUUUGGGGGUGGAGGGGAUGCCGUUCAGAGGGAAGAUUGUGAGGGUUACGGAUGCUACGAGGCUUAAGUUUGGUGGUACGAGAAGUCCAAGGCCAAAGAGAUUGUAAGCCGCAGAUGCUACCAUGGAUGUUGUAUUAGAGUGUUGGCUGGAGAUACGGGGAUGCGGUUGGCUCAUCACAUGGCAGAGUUCACGCUGUAUUUUAUAAAUAUGUAACUUUUUACUAGAAACGGAAGAACCCUUGGGUAUCAAAAUCUCAUAAACGCCG